CGUUCGCUAUUUUCCAGAAUAGUGGACUGAAUGACAGAAAUGAUUGUAGCUUGAAUGGAUUCUGUCGUAUUUGUAUGGCCCUACAUGUAGGCCCUGCACCCGGGUACUAGUAUACCCCUGGCCUGUAACAUGUACCAGUAUGUAGUGCUGGCUGGAAUAAAUCCGUCGAACCGACACAGUACCAAACUUGCUCGUAUACAAAGUCUGCAUGCAAUAGUCCGGACAGCACGAGUACAGCACUUGGUCUAGGCGAGUGCACCACCGUGUAUGCACCUUUCAGCAACUGGCCGCAACUCAUGUCUCGUGAGAAAUCCCCACAUCUACAAAAGGAUGCUUUAUGCACGGUGAUUGGCUCAAGUGGCUGUCUGGGUCGCGAGCUGGUAGCGGAGUUGCUCAAGCGUGGCUACCGUGUGAAUGGCUUUGACACACGGGAGCCCGUCAUUCAGGAUGACCGAGUGCAGUACUUCACUGGAAGCCUCACAGAGCGAAAGGAUCUACUGCCGGCACUAAAGGAUGUGGAUGUUGUAUUCCAGACGGCAUCUCCUCAAUAUUUCACGAAGAACAAGUCUAUGUUUCAUAAAGUCAACGUCGAGGGUGCCCACAAUGUUAUACAGUGCUGUAUCGAUGCCAAUGUACCGCGUCUUGUUGCUACAAGCAGUGGCAUUGUUGUAUUUGAUGGCAAGGAUAACUGUGGUAAGACGGAGGAUGAACUACCAUAUGGCACAUUCCAAGACGCCUAUCAGCAAUCAAAGAUUGAAAUGGAGAAGGCCGUGAUAGCUGCCAAUGGACUACCGCUAUCGAACGGCGCAGGCAAGCUUCUCACGGUUGCCAUGCGACCGCAGGCUAUCUUUGGCCCCGGUGACAGUGCUAUUGUGCCAGGCCUGCAGGUCUUCAAGAACUGGUCUGCAGUGUUCGGGCCUGGCACUAAUACCAUCGACUACACGUACACAACCAACGUGGCACAUGGACACAUUCUAGCAGCAGAGAAGCUAUUUCUAGGAAGUCCAGUAUGCGGCGAGGCGUUCAACAUCAGCAACGACGACCCCAUCAACUGGGCCGAGUUUACUGACAAGGUGCUCUUUGCACUCGGUUAUCAGCCAGCACUCCGGCUGAACUUCAUCCCGGUCAUUGUGUUCACGGUCAUCGCGCACAUCCUGCUCUUCAUCCAAUCCCUGUUUCAGAGCAUCGGCGUCUACUACAAUGUACCCAUCACGCCGAUGGCCGUAAUGAUGUCCGUGAAGACCCAGUCGCACAGUAUCGACAAGGCCAAGAGACUGCUGGGUUACAGGCCACUUGUUAGUAUGACGGAGGGCAUACAGCGACUAACACAGUUCUACCAGGAGCAGCGUCGACGUCCGAAGAAAGUUCAAUGACAAUGAUGCCAAAGGAAAGUUUAGUCCCGGGGCGGAUUCAGGGGUUCCGCGGAACCCCCUAAAUUUUGCAAAUGUACCACUGGAAACCGUAUGUAUGGACACUUACAUGUAUCAAUUAUUCAGUUUGGGCUAAACUGGACCCCCCCCCCCCCCCCCCCCCCCCCGUAGAGACCUCUGGAUCCGCCGGCCCCAGUAGUCGGUGUCAGUCACUACACUUCUACCUAUGUGUACCACUUGAGUAUUCAAUUGCUUGUUGUAACAGCUGACAUGUUCUUGUAAUUUAUUCACAUCCGAUUAGAGUCCUUAUCGAAAGUGUUCCCAGUUCUGCUUUAGCGAGUAAGAACAAUGACUUGUGAAGUUGUAUGUCCUGAACAAUGCCGUAUUGCUCUGCUCCCAUCAAGAAGCAUGCCAGGGAUGUUUAUGCUUUGAAAUCAUUAGUUCAAAGUACCUAAGUUAUCACUCCAUUGCUACAAUGCUAAGGCUACGUGACUUUUCACAUAUUUUAUCAUCUAUCUCCCUCAAACUUCUGGAUAAUAAUUAUAUUAUUUUUAGAAUCACUUCAGUAUGAAGUAAACAAUAGAUCCUUGUGUACUGGCUUUCACCUCCUGAAGGUGCUCUGUACUUGUAAGCAGCAGUACCGUCGUUGCGCCCAUAGCAGAGUGGCAAAUUUUGAUCGCAUCAUGUU